GGUGUUAAAGAGUUUCACACACGUGUCAUCCUAAAUCUCUGCAACUCUGCCACCUAUUCCAUCUGAGCUGGCUCUUCUCCUCUACUCUCUUUUAAUAGCAGAAGCAACAAACCAAAUUUAGCAGAAUCAACCAAAAAAAAGAAGUGUCUCCAAAUUUAGCCAGCAGAAUCACAGCCACAAUCAUCAUCAUCAACAAGAAUAAGAAGAUGGGUUCAGAGACUUUUCUAGAAGUGAUAUUGGCCAUUCUCCUGCCUCCUGUUGGUGUCUUCCUUCGUUAUGGCUGUGGAGUGGAGUUUUGGAUAGAUUUGCUGCUGACAAUAUUGGGAUAUAUUCCUGGGAUUAUAUACGCCAUUUAUGUAUUGGUUGGAUAGUUAGAAGGUUUGAAUUUCUUUUUUUUUUCAUUUUUUUGUUGGUUAUGCAGUAGAUGAUGAACAUAUGAAUGCUUGUUUGAAAUGAAUAUCUCUGUUCAGUCUGGUU